AAGACAAUAAGAUUUAGAAUGAAAUAAUGCAACAAUGCUCAAAUGAUUCCAAUAAGAAAAUUGUAGAAAACUACCAACAUAACUCUUGCCACCUUAAAUUAACGUCAAAAUAAAUAACACAGAGAUGCGACAUUUAAACUACCUGGUAUUAGUUGUUAUCGCAUUGGGGGUGGAAUGCACUUUGACUCCUAAAUCACCGAAGAACAAAGAGAAAGAGGAAAAACACAAAGUAAGGGUUGGGCCCCAGAAUUACUCGGUGUUCGAUAGGAAUUUAAUCGUCGAGAAUCCGACGUCCAACGAAAUAGUUGCUAAUAAUCAGGCGUAUAACAAAAACGUCGAAAAGCGCUUCAAGGGGCUAGUUCUAGGCUAUGUAACGCCGUGGAACAACCAUGGUUAUGAUGUAGCAAAAUGGUUUGCAAAGAAGUUCACACACAUAAGCCCAGUAUGGUUGCAGAUCAAGAGGAAGUCAGAGCAAAAGUACAUUCUGACUGGUACCCAUGAUAUUGAUGCCAAAUGGAUGAAAGAAGUGAAGGCUGUGAAUCCAAAAGUUAAAUUGGUACCACGCGUCCUUUUUGAAGGAUGGACUGGUCAAGAGUUCAUCUCGUUGUUAACGAGAGAAGCCGAGAUUGCAGCCUUGGCGAAUACUUUGAACUACGCGUGCAAAAAGUACAAAUUGGAUGGUUUCGUGUUGGAGAUUUGGUCACAGUUGGCUGGAAGAGUUAAGCACGAUUUGGUCGUGAACAUGAUUAACUUAAUUGGAAAAAAUAUGAAGGGGGCUGGUUACGAAAUCAUCUUGGUGGUUCCUCCCAAACGCGGCGAAGAGUAUUACUUCACCGACGAGCAUUUCGAAUUGUUGCAAGAUUCUGUUACAGCUUUCUCACUUAUGACUUAUGAUUUUUCAACAGUAGGAAGACCAGGUCCUAACGCUCCUCUAAACUGGGUGAAGAAUUGCGUGGAAUCGGUAUCGACAAGCCCACAAAUUCUAACUGGACUGAAUUUCUAUGGCAACGAAUACACCCCAUCUGGGGGUGGACCAAUACUGGGACACGAUUACAUCAACAUGCUUAAGAAGCAGAAGGGUCGAUUGCAGUACGACUCCCGAUCGGCAGAGAAUUACUUCGAAGUCAAGGAAAGCAAUGGAAAACAUAUCGUCUUCUAUCCAUCGCUUUACUCGAUCCAGAAACGUUUACAAAUGGCUCAAGAUCUCGGCACGGGCAUCUCCAUUUGGGAGCUCGGUCAAGGACUCGACUACUUUUAUGAUUUGUUAUAAAAAAAAAAUGAUGUCUUAAAUAAAAAUAA